CCUCUUCCCCCACCCGGAGUGGCCGGCGGUCCCCGGCAGACAGGCGCGCGCUCGCUCGCGGGGCAGCGUUCAGCCCCCGGAGCCAGCGACCUGGGAAGCCGGGGUUUCGGGCCGUCGGAAGUGAUCGAGGACCUCCCCGCGGGCCUGAGGAACCCAGGCCGCCCUCACCCUGGCUGACUGGCUGCCCUGGGCUGCCUGGAUUAGUGAGGUGGGGGAUCCCCAGCCACGGUGCUGGGGCUGACCUCUCUGGACCAGGAUGUGGGCAUCUUGGGUUCCUGGCCUGUGGCUGCUCAGUCUCUGGGCCGUGUGCAGCCAGGGGGCAGAUACAGGCGAGCAAUGCCCACCUUUACAAGAGGAAGGACUCAGGUUGGAACACAGAAGCCAUUUAUCGACCAAUGUGACCGGCUUUAACCUCAUCCAUCGACUCAGCCUCAUGAAAACAUCUGCCAUUAAGAAGAUCCGCAACCCCAAGGGGCCUCUCAUCCUUCGACUGGGGGCAGCCCCGCUCACCCAGCCAGUGCGACGAGUAUUCCCUCGGGGCCUCCCCGAUGAGUUUGUCCUGGUGCUGACACUCUUGUUGAAGAAACACACCCAUCAGAGCACGUGGUAUCUAUUUCAAGUGACCGACGGAGAUGGGUACCCACAGAUUUCCCUGGAAGUCAACAGCCGAGAGCAGAGCCUGGAGCUCCGGGCCCGGGGCCAAGAUGGCGACUUUGUGUCCUGCAUCUUCCCAGUGCCCCAGCUCUUUGACCUGCGCUGGCACAAGUUGGGGCUGAGUGUGGCUGAACGCGUGGCCUCCGUGCAUGUGGACUGCACCUCAGCCUCCUCUCAGCCUCUGGGGCCCCGGCGACCCCUGCAGCCCGUGGGCCACGUCUUUCUGGGCUUGGAUGCUGAGCAGGGGAAACCCGUCUCGUUUGACCUUCAGCAGGCACAUAUCUACUGUGACGCAGAGCUUGUGUUGGAGGAGGGAUGCUGUGAGAUCUUACCAGGAGGGUGUCCCCCAGAGACCUCCAAGGCCCGCCGGGACACCCAGAGCAAUGAGCUCAUCGAGAUCAAUCCACAGACUGAAGGCAAGGUCUACACCCGCUGCUUCUGCCUGGAGGAGCCUCAAAACAGCAAGGUGGAUGCCCAGCUGACAGGAAGCAUCAGCCAGAAGGCAGAGAGGGAAACAAAGGCCCGUCAGGAGACAGCAGCCGACGAGGUAAGCCUCCCAUCUAGACUGGCAAAAAGAGCUUGGUUGAGGGAUGCCAACAUGGACCCUUUGGACAGGCUUUGUGGCAACGGAGCCCGCGCACGGGGGGUGGCCUUCGGCUCGAGAGAAGAGUCCAAGAGCCCACUCACUCACAUCUCUUCUUGGCCGCAGGGAGUGCCUGGAAAUACCGGUUUGCCCGGACAGCCCGGGCUAACUGCGGAAUUGGGAUCCUUACCAAUUGAACAGCACCUCCUUAAGAGCCUCUGCAGGGACUGUGUCCAGGGGCAGACAGCCCGCCCAGUUGCGCUCCUGGAAAAAGGCGAGAAGGGAGACCAGGGUAUCCCCGGCGUGCCAGGCCUGGACAGCUGUGCCCGGUGCUUCGCAGAGCGGGAGCGCCCAAGAGCUGAGGAGGCCCGGGGAGACAGCGGCGAGGGGGAUCCAGACUGUGCUGGGAGCCCCGGCCUGCCCGGUCCUCCAGGGCUGCCUGGCCAGAGAGGAGAAGAGGGUCCGCCUGGCAUGAGGGGCUCCCCAGGUCCUCCAGGCCCUAUUGGCCCCCCAGGUUUUCCUGGUGCUGUUGGCUCCCCCGGAUUGCCUGGUCUUCAAGGAGAGCGAGGCCUCAGGGGCCUGACCGGAGAGAAGGGGGAACCGGGUCCUCCAGGGCAACCUGGCUACCCAGGUGCCAUGGGCCCCCCAGGACUGCCCGGCAUCAAGGGGGAGCGGGGCUACGUCGGGCCCCCAGGAGAGAAGGGAGAAUCGGGCCCACCAGGAUCUGAAGGCCUCCCAGGUCCCCCAGGCCCAGCGGGUCCCCGGGGAGAGCGAGGACCCCAAGGAAACUCGGGAGAGAAGGGCGACCAGGGAUUUCAAGGCCAGCCAGGCUUUCCCGGCCCACCGGGUCCCCCUGGAUUCCCGGGCAAAGCUGGAGCACCCGGCCCACCCGGCCCCCAAGCGGAGAAGGGCAGCGAAGGGAUUCGAGGCCCACCAGGCAUGCCUGGUCCCACUGGACCACCAGGAUCUCCUGGGAUUCAGGGCCCUGCUGGUCUGGAUGGUCUGGAUGGGAAGGACGGCAAGCCUGGCUUGAGGGGGGACCCUGGUCCCGCUGGCCCCCCUGGACUCAUGGGACCCCCGGGCUUCAAGGGGAAAACGGGACACCCUGGCCUUCCAGGACCAAAGGGCGACUGUGGAAAACCGGGUCCCCCGGGCAGCAGUGGCCGGCCCGGAUCAGAGGGUGAGCCUGGUGCCAUGGGACCUCAGGGAAGACCCGGCCCCCCUGGCCAUAUCGGCCCACCAGGGCCUCCAGGCCAGCCGGGCCCCGCUGGGAUCUCUGCAAUGGGCCUAAAAGGAGAUCGGGGAGCCACUGGAGAAAGGGGCCUUCUAGGCCUUCCAGGCCAGCCUGGCCCCCCCGGACACCCUGGCCCCCCGGUAAGACCCCACAUCUCACUGCACAGCCCCGAGGAAGAGGGCCAGUCUGCGCGUCUGGGGUCUCCAGGGAAGGAGAGGCUGUGAGCAGGGAAGCUAGCAGCGUGGGGCUUGUGCCUGAGGAUCACGUCAUAUCUGGAAGAAAGGACAAGCCCUGCCAGCCAGCGCUUGCCAGGCGUGCACCGGGCCUCCGCCCCUGGCCAUGCACCACUUGCGCCGACCCCUCGACCUGGUGUCAGGCAGGGGAGACCUGGCACCUGUUCUGCCCCUGCCCCCUGCCCCCUCCCCGGGGGAGCUGGCUGGUAACCACAGAGAGUCUGGGAACGUCAGGAACCAGAAAUGCAGCGCCAUUACCGCAGCCCCCUCGGCAACUCAGAAGCCACUCCUGGUCUCAGCUGGCGCUUCAUGCUCUGAGAGCCGUGAUGCAUUGGCCACGGACAGUGUGCUGAAUG